AUGGAGGAGUCCGCCUCGAAAAAAUUAAAAUUAUCUGAUAUUCAGAGAUCAAACGAAGACGGUUCAAAAGAUGCUGCAACAAAGGAUCCCCGGAUUGAAAAGACAGUUGAUCGUCACCCGUAUGAAGUUGCAGGAAACAAAGAAGACGUAACGUUGAUUUGGCUAGAUGCAAAUAUCGACGAUUCGGACGAUUGUAAACAAACUUUGAAUAUGUUUUAUGAACUGAACGAUUAUGUUCAACCGUAUACCGAUACUGAGAUCUGUACUGCUUUUAUUCGAUCGAUCGUUGACGAAAAAAUAUUUCUAGUUUCAUCUGAUGAAUUAGGCAGAAAUAUAUUGCCUCAAAUUCAUUCAUUACAAACAGUUCAAUCAAUUUUUAUCUAUGGUGACAAUCAUCCGCCCAAUACGGAUUAUUUCAGUAAAUAUUCUAAGGUUGUUGAAGUUUCUAUCAAACGGAAUUCGUUAAUGGAAUCCAUCAAGGUCCGUGUUAAACGAACUUCAAAGCAAAUAAUAGCAUUUAAUUUAUUUGAUCAUAAACAAAAGUCAACACGUAAUCUUACACGUGAACCAGCCGCAUUUUUAUGGUUUCAGAUACUUGUUGACGUUUUAAAACAACUACCACAUAAUAUUCAAGCUAAAGAACAGAUGCUUGAUGUAUGUAAAAAUUAUUAUCGAACCAAUGAAAUAGAAUUACAAAAUAUUGAACGUUUUCGUAGUAGAUACAAACCGGAAGAUGCUAUUAGUUGGUACACGGAAGGAUGUUUUGUUUAUAAGCUACUGAAUAAAGCUUUAAGAACAGAAGACGUUUAUCUAUUAUACUUGUUCAGAUUUUAUAUUAUUGAUUUAUGCAAGCAGUUAGAAGACGAAAAUCAACGUUAUGCAUCAUGUUGUACAUUGUACCGUGGUCAGUUAAUGUCUAGCGAUGAAUUUGAUAAAUUAUCAAAAAAUAUUAGAAGUUUAAUAUCUACAAACGGUUUUUUAUCAACAACACGUGAUAUCAGAGUAGCACUAAUGUUUUCCGGUGGAGAUCAAGUCAGUCAUGGAAUGAAAAGCGUUUUGUUUGAAAUAAAAGUUGAUCGACCACUCGGAACACUUGUGUUUGCCGAUAUAGAAAGAUUUAGUCAUUUCGAAGAUGAGAAAGAAGUGUUAUUCAGUAUUGGAGCCACAUUUAAAAUUGAAAAUGUUGCUUUUGACGAAGACUUAAAAACAUGGCGAGUGAAAAUAACGGCAACAGAUGAGGGUGCAGAAUCUGUUCAAGCACAUAUCAAUCAUAUGAGACAAGAAUUGGAAGAAACAAACCCAACAAGAUUAUUUGGAAAGCUUCUUCUCGAUAUGGGCCAGUAUUCUAAAGCCGAAGCAUAUUUUAGACUUGUACUUGACACACUGCCAAAAGAUCAUGCUGAUUUUCCAUCACUCUACCAUGGUCUCGGAUAUUUGCAUUAUUUGAGACACGAAUAUGAUCAGGCAUUGAAAUACGAUACGCACGCAUAUAAAAUAAGAAAAGAGAAACUACCACCUAAUCAUUUAGAUAUUGCAAAAUCAGCGAUCAAUCUUGGAUGUGAUUACGAACGACAUGGUGAUUAUAGUAAAGCAAUGGAUUUAUUCAAAGAAGCUCUAGAAAUUAGAGAAAAAAACUAUACGGGUGAUCAUAUGAAUAUUGCUUUAGCUCUAGUUUGUAUCGGCGACACUCAUAUGCAGCUGGGUGAUUAUAAAAAUGCACAUAAAUAUUUAACAAGAGGACUCGAAAUAUAUCAGAGAGUUCUUCCAUCUAAACAUGCUAAAAUUGUGAGAACUAUAAUCAAAAUUGGACAUUUAUUUUAUAAACAAAAAGUGUAUGAUCAUGCUAUAGAAUAUUAUCUUGACGGUUAUAAAAUGGCUGAAGAUAUUUUGCCUUUUGAGCAUCCACGUCUGAUGGAGUAUUUUGAACACAUUGUGAAAACAUAUGAGAAAAUGAGGAAUAUGGAAGAUGCUUUAAAGUUUUGUAAUGAAAAACUGACUAUUCAACGCGAAUUAUUUGGAGAAGUGCAUCCAAAUAUUGCUAAAAUUCACAUAAUAAUAGGAGACUAUUGUUCUAAUAUAGAACAAAAAUUAUUUGAGUAUUUUCAAGCAUUAGAGAUUUUGAAAAAAUGUGUUCCAGCUGAAGAAAGGGCGAUAGCAGACUGUAUGAGUAAGAUCGACACUAUUAAAUCUUUGUCCGCAUAA